GCUGCUACCCCAGGAGGAGCUGCUGAGGCAGCAGGAGGAGAUCUUCCGGCGGGAGGAGAGCCGGGAAUCGAACAAGAAGGAGCAAGUGGAGAAGCUGGCACGGGAAAUUAUCGGCAACCAGAGCGUCAUCGCCUUUGCGGGUCAGGGCACCAUCAACUUGUCCGACCUUCCGCGCAUCAACCACUGGUACAAGCAGAUUGUGGGGUCACAGGUGGAGCCGUCGCAUGUGGAUGAGCUUUCGCGCCUAAUCCCGAGCGAUCCUUCUUCAACCUCGUAG